GAACGCCUUGAGCCAGUUAUGGCACCAGUUAAACAGAAGCGAAAUGAGAGGAAAAAAGGCAGCCAGUGCUUCGCCAUCAAUUGCACCAACUACAAAAACAAAUUCUCGAAGCAACAGGGCAUCUCUUUUCACAAGUUUCCUGACAAGAGCCAGCAUAAGGCACUAUACGAGCAGUGGGUUGAGAACUGCAGAAGGACUAUAACCCCUAGUCAGCAUGCCAGAGUCUGCAGCAUACACUUUGAGCCUCAGUGCAUCAACACAACAAUGCAACGAGUAGUGCUGAAGGAGGGUGCAGUGCCUACAAUCUUCAAGCUGCCAGAUCAUUUGCAGCACAAGUCUCCUGCUAAAAGGAAAAGCCGUACAAGUUUUCUGGCUCUAGGGGUUGGUCCACAGUUGCCAAAAAUUCCACCAGUAGCUGUUGUCGCAAAGGAACAUGCAUACAACACAACAGAAGAAGCAGCAAAACAGAAACUCCAAAAUGAGAAAGCACAAAUCAGCACUCUUCGUAAACAACUCAAGAAUGCAAAACAAAGAGAAAAAAGAGCAAAGACAACAUGUCGAAAUCUCAUAAAUGAAAUCAAAGAACAUAACCUUAUAGACGGUAAAAUGGAAGCUCAUCUGGAGUUGUACAAGGAUAUACCCUGUGAGCUGUUCAAGAAACUAACAAAGCAGUAUAUCAAAGAACAGCGUAACUUUGCACUGACUGUCCACCUGUAUUCUGCACAGGCAUAUAGAUACCUCGGAGAGACAGCUGGGCUUCAACUUCCUGAACCUCGAACACUCCGAAGAUGGUUGGAAAAGGUCUAUGCGGAUCCGGGCAUCAAUAAGUAAAUGCUGGCAUCUUUGGCAGAAAAGCACAAGUCAAAUCCAGAGGAAUACACACUGUAUGUUUAUAAUUUUAAUACUAAUUCAUAUGGUUUAUAUUCUUAUAUUUGCUGUUAACUUCAACUAACAUAUUACUGCAUAUUGUGUAAUAAAAAGGUUCCACUGACCUGUUUAAUAAAUGUUUCAUUCAUAGUUCUGUUACAGUUGUUGACAGAGUUUGACAUUUAUCAUGCUUGCAUGAAAUGUUGAUAUGUCCGACUCGGUAAUUACAGUGUCAUGGAAAAUCUACAAGGUAAUAUUUUCGAUUUUACAUGCUGAAUUUAAUUGUAUGUGUUGCAUAAUUACAAUACCAUGAAAAUUACAGUAGAUGUAAUUUCCCUAGCAUUUGUAAACAAGUUCUAAUGAGAAACUGUUCUGUAUUAUUUUUCUGACUAAAAAAAUAUGUAUUUAUUUAAAUAUUACUAAUAUGACGCAUGUACUGUCAGAGCCUAAUUUGUAAAAUAUUAAUGUAAUUAUUCUUAUGUGCAGAUGCUGUUUGACAUUGGAUGCAUCAUUGGAUCCAUCAAGCAAAAAAUGGAGUAUGAUCAGCAUUAGGACAAAGUAGUGGGGUUUGUGGAUCUAGGCAUUGGUGACGGCUCCGAUGGUGAGGCCAAGGAAGUUCUGGUGGUUCUCAUUGUGGGGCUGCAUGGCCAUUGGAAGUGCCCAGUAUCGUUCUGCUUUACACGGGGUCUGAAUGCACAAGUACAGAAAGAUAUUCCUGGUACAUUGUCUUGAUGCAAUACAAGACAUUGGACUUCGAGUGGUCACCAUGGACGGCCAUGCCACAAAUAUUGGAAUGGCUAGGCUUCUUGGAGCUAACCUCAACAGUGACAUAGGUCAUGACUUCUGCAUCUCAUUUCUUCAUGGUGACAAGAUAUAUGUCAUGCUUGAUGCUUGUCACAUGGUUAAGCUGCUAAGAAAUACAUUACAAGUCUAUAUUUCCAUGUACAGAGUAGCCUGAUGAGCCUGACAACUGGCCCUGAAUUGGGCCAGAUACGGCUGAUCUGUAUAUAUUACUGGUAUGUAUUGGUACCAUAUCAUGAACAAAAGUGGAUGGAUAACAAAAGUCAUGAUGGAUAAUAUAGAAAUAGUGGAACA